AUGUCAACCGCGCCUCGCUUCCCCUUUUCCCGCGCCUCUGGCAUGGAGCCGCCUGCCUUGUUUGCGCAGCUCCGCGCUACCGCUCCGGUCUCCAAGAUUAGCCUCUUUGACGACAGCGAGGCGUGGCUUGUGACCAAGUACCGCGACCUCGUGCAGGUGGCUACCGACCCGCGUCUCAGCAAGGUCCGCACCCACCCCGGCUUCCCCGAGUUGAACGCAAACGGCAAGCACGCAGCCAAGGCCAAGCCCACGUUUGUCGACAUGGACGCCCCGGAGCACAUGCAGCAGCGUUCGAUGGUCCAAGCCAACUUUACGCCCGAGUACGUCCAGUCGCUUAGCCCCUUCAUCCAGCAGACGAUCGACAGCCUCCUCGACUCGAUGAUCAAGAAGGGCGGUCCCCACGGCCCCGUCGACCUCGUGCAGGAGUUUGCUCUCCCUGUCCCUUCCUAUGUCAUCUACACCAUCCUUGGUGUGCCGUUCAAGGACCUCGAGUUCCUCACCUCCCAGAACUCGAUCCGCACCAACGGUAGCUCCACUGCCCGCGAGGCGAGUGAGGCCGCCAAGGGCUUGCUCGACUACCUCGGCCGUCUGGUGGACGAGCGCGCCGUCGACCCCAAGACCGAUGUCAUCUCGCACCUGGCUGUUGAACAGGUCGCAAAGGGCAACCUCACCAAGGAGGACGCCGUGCAGGUCGCUUUCCUUCUUCUCGUUGCCGGUAACGCUACCAUGGUCAACAUGAUCGCGCUCGGCGUUGCGACUCUGGCUCAGUACCCCGACCAGCUCGCUGCGCUCAAGGCCGACCCCAGCUUGGCCGGCAACUUUGUCGAGGAGCUGUGCCGCUACCACACCGCCAGCGCCAUGGCCAUCAAGCGUACCGCUCUUGAGGACCUUACCAUUGGUGGUGUCGCCAUCAAGAAGGGAGAGGGCAUCAUUGCCUCCAACUACUCGGCUAACCGCGACGCUGACAUCUUCCCGAACCCGGACACGUUCGACAUCCACCGCAAGUGGGGCAAGGAUGACCCGCUCGGCUUUGGCUUUGGACCUCACCGCUGCAUCGCCGAGCUGCUGGCCAAGGCCGAGCUCACCGCAGUGUUCUCGACGCUGUACCAGCGCCUCCCGAACCUCAAGCCGGCUGUCAAGAUCGAGGACAUCAACUACUCGCCUCUUGACCGUGACGUUGGCAUCAUCGACCUGCCGGUCACUUACUAA